AUGUUAUGUCUGUUUUUAUUAACAACGAGAGUGUUUGCCGCAACAUCAUGUAGUAGUGGGCAGUACCUUUCUGGAACGAUUUGUUUUUCUUGUCGAGCGGGGACUUAUUCUUCGGGUGGUACAACGACAUCAUGUAUUUCAUGUCCUUCUGGCUCGUAUUCAAACUCCGGUUCUUCAUCAUGUACAAAGUGUUCUCCUGGAUCUUAUGCCUUAAGCUCUGGGUCAUCGUCGUGUACCCAGUGUUCUACUGGUAAAUACGCUUCGAGUACUGGGUCUACUUCAUGUUCAACUUGUUCAGCGGGAACGUAUUCUAGUACUGGUGCUUCUAAAUGCACGAAAUGCAGUGCGGGAUCUUAUUCCAGUAGCGGAGCUUCUUCAUGUUCAACUUGUUCAGCUGGUACAUAUUCAUCAUCCGGGUCUUCCAAAUGCACAAGUUGUAAUGCUGGAUCUUAUUCUUCUUUGGGAUCACCAAGUUGUACACAGUGUACUGCUGGAACACAUUCAAAUAGUACUGGGGCUUCGUCUUGUAAUCCAUGUAAUGCAGGGUAUUAUUCAAAUAAAGGGGCAUCUACAUGCACUUCGUGUGAAGGUGGGUAUUAUUCGAUAUCUUCUGGCAGUGCAAAAUGCACAGAAUGUGCUGCAGGAACACGCUCUGAAUACACAGUGUCAUCAACAAAAUGCGUGACGUGUGGUCGAGGAACAUAUUCGAGCAGCGGAAGUGCUUAUUGUACUGAUUGUAGAGCAGGAACUUAUGCAGAUGAACAAGGAAGUUCGUCGUGUAAAACGUGUGCGGAUGGGUUUUAUUCCACAUCUGGAAGUUCGACGUGUGUACAAUGUGUUUCCACGAGUUGUGGAGUGUGUUCAAAAACGACGGGGGAGUGCAUUUCAUGUAAUGUUGGCUAUUCGUACGAUUCGUCAAAUAAGAACUGUUCGAUAUGUCCCGCAUCGUAUUAUUCGAGUGGUGGAACUUCGUUGUGUUCAAAGUGUGCGACUGGGGAUUACUCACUCGGUGGUUCAAGUGGGUGUACAGCAUGUUCGACAAGUUGCAAAACAUGCGACCAAACAAAUGGAAAUUGUUUAUCUUGUUAUGAUGGAUAUUUUCUGAACGGUAAAAUGUGUGACACAUGUUCAGCUGGCACGUACCAAAGUGGUGGAAGUUGUGUAACGUGUGCCGACAUGCAAUACUCGUUGGCGGGAAGCACAACGUGCAAAAGUUGCAGUUCGACGUGUUUGAGUUGUGAUAAGACAAAUGGGUAUUGCACGUCGUGUGAGUCGGGUAUGGGAAUUACAACUACAACAUGUUCUAUUUGCAGUGCUGGUACAUACAGUGUUGCAAAUAAUUGUGAGUAUUGUCCACUUGGGACAUAUUCAUCAUCACCAAAAAGUUUGCAAUGUUCUACAUGUGCAGAUGGGACUUAUGCCAACACAACAGGAUCAACAAGUUGCAAAACGUGUAAUGUUUUGUGUCAAGGACCAUGUGAAAGAACAAGUGGCAAGUGUGUAGCCUGUGUGAGUGGUGCUGUUUAUUCGAAUGGAGUGUGUUCACUGUGCAAUUCGGGAACAAUGGCAAAUCAAACAACAAACAAUUGUGACACAUGCAAGGCGGGUACCUAUGCUGGUGAAGGCUCUUUUGAGUGCAAAAGUUGUGGAGAGAUGACAUACUCAACUGCUGGUUCACCAUCUUGUCAGCAAUGUGACAGUCAUUGUGAUGGGUGUGAUGCGACAAAUGGGUAUUGUGUCAACUGUGUGACUGGGUAUGGUCUUGCAGCUGGGAAGUGUGCCAUAUGUCCAAAGGGAACUUACUACAUGAGUUCUGUGUGUCAGAGUUGUGGUGAGAUGGCAUACCAAGAUGUUGUUGGACAAACCACCUGCAAGUUGUGUGACUCUUCGUGUGCAAGGUGCAAUGCAACAGAUGGAAAAUGUCUCAUAUGUGCUGCUGGAUAUGGCUUUGACAAUGGAGUGUGUACAUUGUGUGGCGACCUCACAUAUUCAGAAGGCGGUGUUUUGCAGUGCCAACAGUGUUCCACUGAAUGUAAGAAAUGUGACAGAAAAAGUGGUGCAUGCACAUCGUGCGAAGUCGGCAACAAGAGAGUUGACAACAGCUGUGUGUCGUGUGCUCCAUCUGGAUAUUCGAUUUGUGCACAGACGAGACAUCAGAUGGUAUUUGUGUAUCAUGUGAAGAUGGAUUUUAUUUGA